AUGUCAGUUUUCGCUCGGGCAUUCGACGGUGCCUCCCCUGGCGGCGUCUCUGCGAAACGAACACGGAUCAAAGCCGAAAAAUCGCAUGACCGGCGUCUAUUGAUUGUUUGGUUCAGUUUUCACCUCAAAUUCGGCCGGCUGAGGAUGGCGACGCAGGUGAAAACAGGAUGGCCGAGACGCACCAGCAACGCGGCGCCUUUCGAGACCAAAUACACGAAUCAAAAUCAAGUAUCGCGACCUAUAAAUUUAUAUCCGCUCACAAACUACACAUUUGGAACGAAAGAGCCGCUUUUUGAGAAGGACCCGUCCGUGCCUGCUCGGUUCCAGCGAAUGAGGGAGGAAUUCGAUAAAAUAGGAAUGAGACGCAGUGUCGAAGGAGUCCUCCUGGUCCACGAGCACGGACUCCCGCACGUUCUUCUCCUGCAGUUGGGAACGACAUUCUUCAAAUUGCCGGGAGGUGAACUGAAUCCGAACGAGGAUGAGGUCGAAGGGCUGAAGCGACUCUUGGCCGAGACGCUGGGAAGACAAGACGGCGUUGUGCAAGAGUGGAUGAUUGAGGACAUCAUCGGCAACUGGUGGCGCCCAAACUUCGAACCCCCACAGUAUCCUUACGUCCCCCCACACAUCACCAAGCCAAAAGAGCACAAGAAGCUCUUUCUCGUGCAGUUGGCAGAGAAGGCGCUUUUCGCCGUGCCCAAGAACUAUAAGUUAGUUGCUGCUCCGUUAUUCGAGCUGUACGACAACUCCCAAGGCUACGGGCCAAUAAUAUCCUCUCUGCCGCAAGCACUGUGCCGGUUCAAUUUCCAGUACCAGUAGUGAGGCCAUCUCCGGAGCGCUUUUGUCUCUACUUUUCGGGCAAGAGAAGCCGCAAUCGCUGAUUAUUUUAUGUAUAAUGUAAAAUAGCGUUUUAAGAUCUUAGUUCUUAAGUUGAUCAUCAUGCUUGUCUAUCAUGAAAGUGCAAAUUUUUUGGUAUUAAUUUGAUGUAUAUUUGAAUGACUCUGAUAUGAACCCACAAUAAAUUCACACCUCAUUAACCUUCGAGGAUAAAUGAUGUCCAGUAAAACACAUGUAAUUUAAUUCUGAAGAUCUCACAUUUCAUUCACAUAUUUUUAUUUUUUUGUUUUGAAAUAAAAUUACAGACACGCAGUUGGAAUUUUUUGUUAAUAUCAAACAAUUGAA